CUUCCUUGGAAACGUAGGCCUAAACGUGCCCUAACCCCACCCAUGAGCAGCUCGUCCAGGAUGCGUCACAGCGCCCACUGUAUAAAGUUACCUGCUUGUCCCUAUUCAUUAUUCUACACUGAGCACACCAGAAAUAAUUUGAAGUUUUCUAUUCGAGAACAUACUACAAAUGGGCAAGAGUAGUCGUUUAGCUUAAUUCACCGAGUAUUGCCAAAAGAUCCACCGCCUUUAGUGUUUUUCAACAUCAUUCAACGCCAAAUAAAAAGGUUUUCCAUCUUUGAGCAGAGUUAAAGAGAAUGGCAUCAAUUCCGUCCACUGGCUCUCUCAUCGCCACCCAUGAUUACUAUAGAAGGCGCAUAGGCUCCACUUCUAGCAACAGCUCCUGUGGCAGUUCUGAGUACGCUGGCGAAGUCAUUCCACACCCCCCAGGUCUGCAGAGACAGGACUCUGGUCACUGGUGGUCUUCUUUCUUCUUCCCAAACAAACAGAAUCAGCCUGGCAGCAUGAUUGGAUCUGAACAGAAGAGUGGAACGUACACAGUGACCAACGGGCAGGUGGCGUGUAUCGCCAGGGAGAUGGUGUUGAAGAAGCAACUCAGUAGGCAACUCAGUGAAAGCAGUAACUCUGGGAAGGUGGAAGAAGGGAGCCCACCACCCUCCUAAUUCCAUCUCUUCUCCAACACCCCACACCUUGAGUUUAGUUGGAGAUUGAGGCAGUAGAUUUUACAACUUUUUAGUGAUUGAGGCUGCUUUUCCUCCCUCUGUGUUUAUAUUUUUUUAUUAAAGACAAAAGGAUUUCUCUAUCAUGCUUUUUGCUGUUGAAUAAAUCAAAAUUCUUGCAAUGA